UGUCAGCCGCUCCACGGCCGGCCGGUCCGCCGGAACGUGCUCCUUGCUGGGGCGGCUGCUCCGAUUGGCCAGCCCGCUCGCCACGUGUCGCCCCGGGUUCGUGUGUAAAUAAGCGCCCGCUCGAUCGUCCACUCCCCAGCUCUCUCCAUCGUUAGCGACCAUCGAAUCUCUGAAAAACCACCUGAAAAUCAUCACCUCGGUUCCAUCGAUCAAGAAGCCGUAGUACGUGAGGCCAGUGACCUAUGGGGAACUCGUACAGCAACGGCGGCUCGUCGUCGGGCCACCUGCAGGCGCCGGAGCUGCCGCUGCACCUCUGCUUCUUCCUCCUCGUGCUGUUCGUCUUCCUCGGCUUCUCCUGGUACAUGAGCUACGAGUCGGUGGCGGAGACCUUCGCCGACCAGGGCAAGCUCCUGCUCAUGGUGUCCCCGCUCGCGCUGCUCCUCGCGGUGCGGCUGCUGUCGGGAGGCGACGGCGACGGGCGGCGCGUCGACCAGCUGAUGUCCAUGUCGAUGCCGGAGAGGGACUCCAUCCACCGCGCCGGGGGGUCGCCGUGGGGCGUCGGGCUCCUGCUCGUGCUGCUCAUCGUCAUGGUCUCCUACCAGUCCAACUUCCGGGAGAGGUGGUUCGCACUCUAGUGUCAUAGUAACCGGGUGAUGACUGAUUUCCAUCGGAACCGAGAUCGGGAGAUUGAGCAAAUGAGCAUUUACUACCUGUGUAACCCGAAAUAUGUACAUGGCUACGCGCAAGCACCCGUGUAACCCGAGCUAAGGCCAUUUCUAACACAUCCCAAUAAACAGAGGAGGAUACGGUGGAAUAAACCCUUAUAACGCAUUUGGUUGCA